AUGGCUCAUUGCUUUAAAUACCCUUUUCAUUGUCAUAUUUGCAUUUUGUCCAUACCAUAUGGGCCAAUUUACUGUCUUGGGCUUCAAUUUGGAUCGUUUCAUAAGUGCAACUCACAUGGAAGGCUUCAGUACAGUUUGAUUGGUUACAUUAUUUUCGCUUGUGCUUUGGUCCUCAUGCAUGAAAUGUUUGUUAUUUUCAAUAUGCCCAGGGCUUGUUACUGGACAGGUCUCGGUUACGUAUACAUCAAAGUUGCUUUGGUUUCUUUAAUGGAGUUAGGUAUUUUUCCAGUUCUUUCUGGAUUUUGGAUAGAUGCUUGUACCUUGUCUCUUUUCAAUGCAACUGUAACUCAACGGACGAAUGUAUUUCACUAUGCACCAGUGGCGUUUACUUUUAUUCAUUGGGCAGUCGGUAUGUUGUACAUAUUUUACAUGGCAUCUUUGCUUGUACUUGGUCGGAGUGUACUACGUCCUGGGGUUUUACGCUUCAUAUAUCACUUUAAUGAUCCUGAUUAUAAGCCUAUUCAAGAUAUGAUUUUCCAGCCUUUACCAGUUUACAUGCAACGUCUGGUUGCCACCUAUUCAGUUUGGGGUAUCUUGAUUGUACUUAUGCUUUGGAUACCUACCGAAGUGGUUCGACAUUUCCUUCCAAAAUUCCUACCUUUUCGUAUAAAUGCAGCUUAUGAUAGUCCAUUAGAUUAUUCGCUGGAGAUGAUCCUGUUACAAGUUGUGCUUCCAUUUUUGCUAGAUGUUCAAGCUAAAGCUAGUCUUCGUCAACUUUUACGUUGGUGGUGUGUAAGCGUAGCAUGGAUAUUGGGCUUGCGUAGUUACUUAUUAGGAGAUGUCCCAUUUUCACCCGGGGAUUUUAUUGUAACUGAGAACGGUAGAGAAGUGCCAUUCAAAUCGAGACUAUGGCCACGGGCUGGAACGUCUUUGUCGAAUAGUCAUCCUAAUCAAGAGUUAACAUCUGGUGAAUCAUCUCAAAAAAACUCAAGUAAUGACGUUAAUAACCUUCAGACAGAAGUGUACACUGUAUUUUCAUCAUCUCAUGAAGGCAAUUCAUCUACCAGUAAUCCAUCUUAUGAACACCCUCAACCUGAAGGUGAUGGACAAGAGGAUGCUAAUGCAGAUGAUGAAUUUUUCACACGUUAUGUGCCAUACAAAAGAACGAGCUACUUCAGACUACGAAUUUCUGGUCUAGUCGUGAUGUUACUCAUUAGUCUGAUAUGUUUGAGUCUAACUUUAAUGAUCGUUCCAGUUGGCAUUGGACGUUUUUUACUGAAUUUGAAUGGAAGCGGCUCCACAUCAAAGCACGAUGCUAUCGCAUUGGUGGGCGGUUUUACUGUUCUGGGUUUGUUGCUUCGUUUGGCUCCGUGUAUACCUUUUGUUUUCUCUGCGUUUUGGCAAGUCAUUAUUUUAAUUGGACAGUGUGGUAAUCUAAUUUCUUGGUCAAGACCACUUCGUGUGUUUAGAAUUUGGACUCGUUUGGGUACAACUUGUGAAAUUACUAUCCGACGACCAGCACUUCCAAUGGCCCCAAUGGCUGAUCUAAAUCGGCGUUAUGCAUCCAUUACUGACACAAAUAUUGGAAUACAUGUACGGAAUUGCCUGCGCAUAUCACUGAAUUGGUUUCGCCUGUUAUGUACUGCAGUGAUUCUACUUGGCAUACUACCAUCAGCUAUGGGACUGUUGGUCAAUUUUAUUUUCAUUGUACCCUUCCGUGUUGGAGCUAGGAAAACGAUCAUUAUUGGAUUUUGGGAGCAUUGGAUAUUCGGGAUAAUGCUUCUGAAAGUGACUAUUUUACUCACUCUUAUUGGACCUCCUUGGUGGUUGCGGAAUCGUUUAGAGGUAUUGCAUGAUGAAGUUUUACAUCACCGACAAAAUGCUCGGUCUAUGCGUCUGCUUUGGGCAACUGCACCAUUGUUUGUGACCAUUGGAUUAUUCUUAAGUGUACCCUACUUGAUAGCCUACUAUAUCAGUCCACUUCUCGUACUAGAUAACGAAGUUGUAUUUCGGUACAUAUAUCCAUUUCUUCUUGCGUCCUCUGUGUGUGCUGUUUUAUGCGGUUUGUGCAUCGAUCAAGUACGACGUCUCUAUUUGCAUAUCAAAGAUGAAAAAUAUCUAGUUGGGAGGCAGUUGGUGAAUUUUCGACCACCACCACCAAGUCGAUCAUUAGUGCCAGCAUCAUCAGUGAAAGAUGAAUGA